AUGGUCUUGGUAACGUCUCCGCAGCCCAUGCACAGCGGCGAAGUGCACCACUUGGCAGACGAACGCUGGUUCCGUGGCAAGCACCAAUUCCUAGUGCAUUGGGCGCGGCCUGAGUUAUUGGGCAAGUCGACAUCGUGGGUUCCUGCAAGCUAUCUAUCCACAUGCACCGAAGCGCUUGGCAGCUACGAUCGAUGGAAAGCCAACGCCACAAACACUUCCUUGAUAGCAGCAUUUCGAAUUGCAGCGACGCUGUUAAAUGUACCGCAAAACGUCUCGGAUGACGACAUGGGCGAGUUUAUGGCGAAUAACAAGAUUGACGCCAACGACGGGAUCCCACCAGCGGCGUUGCGUUCAUUCAUCCGCUUUUUGGGCACCAAGGGUUUCCGCUUUUGCCACCAAACCUUCGCCGAAAACUAG